GACCUAAACAACGCCAACUUCACAUCAACACGCGCGACAGUUAGAGACGUGACGUUGCGCAGAGCGAUGACAUUCCCACGCGCGGGAGUUCUUGGAAUGGGAGCAUUUGUUAGGUGUUUGCAGACGCGCUGAAAGGACAUGCACCCCGCGCGAAGCUAUGAAGGCAGACUCGAAGCGGCGCAUCAGCGACACCAAUCCCUGAACACCAUCGACCACCGCGCAUUGAAUGCUGGCGCGAUGGACAAAGUCCAGGCGCACGACGAGGACACUCUUGGAUCAGGGUCUGGUUCUGGAGUUUCAGACAUCAGUGGUCUGGAAAACGAGACCGACGAAUUUGGACGAAUGCUGCUGCAGCAUCAACGCGAUCUCCGCCGCAUGAAUAACGCCUUGCAUGGAGGACAGCAGCCGGCGUUUAGGAAGGCGCGGCCGAACCCACGCAUAGCUGAGCGACUGGUGCGUGAGGAGCGCGAAGCGGACUAUGCUGCAACACGGACGUACGACCGGCCAGGAAGUGCUGGGAGCAACGAUUCUGACCUGCCUGUCACCGUACCUAGAGAGUGGGGUCGCAGAGCGCGAAAGCAGGCCGACUGGUUGCGCAAGAUCGCCACGCCUUCCGAGCCUGGCGAUAUGGACGAUUUCUCAUCCGACGUGCCGCUGCAAUCGAUCGAGCAAACGCCGCCGUCGAUGAGGCGGAGUGGCGUUGGUUACACAGCCACACCUUCGUCAUUACGACACAUGAACACCACGCUCAUGCCUUCCGAAGAUUCCGACUUCACCUCCAACUCUUUGCUCACCUCUACCCCGGCACCCAAACUCUACCGCAGGAUUGACGACCUUGCACGACGAGAGAUAGAACUGCUCGAAAGUCAGGCUGUCACUACCCGCGCUCUCGAUCAGCUCGAUCAACAACUGCCAAACGCGACGCGCCGGCGGAUAUCAGGGUCUCGGCCUCGCGAGCGCGUUGUUGCUGAUGAGCGUCGCGCGCCCCUCAUGAGUCCGCCAUCAACAUCAUCUCUGGGCAACUCCCGAAGCCCAAGCAGGAUCCCAGUACGCGCACCGCAUGGCACGAGCAACAAAGAGAAUGUGCCUAUCGGUGGCGACGCCAAGGAUGACGGUCUAAGCUCCCAGAAUCGCUUUGGUACGAGUGGCACUCUCCAGCCUGCGGCCUACAAGCAGAUGCCACGGCUCCUCUCGCAGCCUGCGCAGCAACGCAACGAUUCUAUGAGCUUGCUUAGAAAGCUUGCUCGAGUGUCGAGCAUGUCGCCCGGCCCUGCGAGAGAUGGCGUCGAAAGGAAGGCGAUAGCUGAAGAGGACGAGGAGAACGAGGAUGACGUUGAGCGUGCAAACAGACUUGAUGAUGACGUUCACGCCAAAGAGAAAGACAACAUCGACCACCACGACAUCUCUAGGUCAAAGAGGCCGAUUCGAGAGCAUCAAGCGUCUCGGCCCCAUGAGCCUACCACGGAGGUCAAGACUCCAGUCGUCACUGGCGCCUGGGUCGACACAAAGCUCAACCCCGAAGCUCAGCAUUGGCUGCCAGCUAAAGGCCCUGGAAACCGUCAGGUAGACGAAAAGCCGUCGCACACCAAACACCACUCCAACACCUCCAAAUCCGCACUUGAGGCUAUUGUGCAAGAAGCCAAGGACCUAGGACAGUCACAGCAACUCGGUGACAGCACGAUUCAGUCACUCGAAGACAUUGUGCAUCCCAAUCUCGAGCCUACCGACUCCAGCAUGGCCUCAAAACGUGCAGGGACAAGUAAGAUUGCCCAAACAGAAGAGCCGCGACACGAGCGUCCACUCUCGCAGGCGGAAAAGGACCGCAGACAAGACACACUGGCGAUGGAAGCGAUGAACAAGCACCUCCGCACAGCUCGCACGAACAUCAAAGACGCAAAUAGAGGUCUCCGACGAGUCGAGAACAAAAUCGAUACCGUCCACGACGAAGACGACCCAUCUCCCACCCCACUCGAAGCAGCGGCACCCCCCACCAAAUCUACCCCCGUCGAAUCCCACCACAUCAUCCGCUGCGAGUCCUGCGGCGGCAGCAUGCGCCCUCACUCCGUCUGGAAAUCCCUGUGGGUCGAGUUCCGCUCGUGCUUCUACGUCUACGACCGCAGCAGCAUGAUCCGCAUCCGCCUGACCGGCCUGGGCCUCUUCGUCGUCAUCUCCGGGCUCUACUGGAUCACCGAGUUCUUCCUGUGCGACAUCUACUGCCGCCAGGUCUACAGCUCCGACACGUGGAUGCGCGACACCUUCGGCCCGGACUACCCGGAGUUCCCCUUUGUCAUUCCCACCAUCCUCUUCCGGCCCUUCAAGUGGUUGUGGAAGCCGUACUGGACGCCCGUGUACGAUAGCGUGGCGAAGUUCUUCAAAUCGCUUGAUCCGGAUCCUUUCUACUUUUGGAACGAGAUGCCUGACCCGGUGGAGCUGGCGCAGGAGAUGGCAAGGGAGAAGGCGCGGCUGUCGCGCAUGAGUUCGGAGAGGUUUCGGACUGCCUUUCAGACUACGGCGGCUUUUGGGCGGAGUUGGCAGACGGCUGCGACGACUGUUGCGGCGCGGGCGGCGAGGAGUGUGGUUGACGCUGUGGAUGAUGUGGGUUCGAUGUGGGAUGAUGAUGAAGUGUUUGCGUGAAGGGGUGUAUGAGUACGAGAUGGUUCUUGUGAUACUAGCGAGGGAGCGGCAAGCGAUACUGGCGACAGCAAAGAGUUUGGAGAAGGGACAGCGCUGCUUCUUCGUCGGCGACUUCCUUUCCUUGAGUUCUGAUUUGCAGAGAUAGGAGCAAUUCGAGUUUG